GAAAAUGUAUUAGUGAAAUUCUCGCUUAGAUGUCGCGCAGCAAAUACAUCUCCUUUCCUGCACGAUGGGCUACCCACCACCGUAGACUUGUCGACUGCGUUCAGGUUUUCCUGUUAAUAAUACCACCGCGGGCGUGCAUUUCGCCUCUAGCUAGCAGAGGCGUCAAACGUUAUGCACUACACACAGUCCUUCUUGUUGCUACACUCCCAAAGCAACGAACGCUCUGCCCGCCGCUAAACUUAACACUUUUGAGCGCUGUGCUUGUAGAGAAAGCCAGCGCAGUUACAAAAUAGUCCGCUGUGAUCGCUCGAUAAACUCACGGGUCGCGAUCGCCCAAUCGCGACAUGUCAUAUGGGUUGCCCGUUCGGCUUACGUAGUGUGACGCCACUAGCGGCUUUUUUGUUUAGUAGUUUCGUCUGCGUCCGGGGCCACCGCCAGUACAGUACUUGACAUCAAAGACCCGGUUGUCGCUCGUGCAGCACGUCUCAGGGCGGCUGUCAUCGAGCGGGAGACCCCGCACCCACGAGGAUCACCGCUUGCAAAACAUGAGUGGCCGAAACGCACGUGGCUCUGUGCCCCCCCUCACUUGCCCGUUGCGGCUCGCAUCGCAAUGAUGUCGUCACGGCGCACACUGGCCGGAUCGAGAGACGCCUCAGCCGCCGUUUGACGCCACCCGUCUGGGCCCGAGACACAAGACAGCUGCGUCCGGCCACCGCGGCGCCUGGGACUGUCUCCCCUACGCUUGCCCGUCCUUCUCCUCCUCUCCGGAGCAGAGUACGGGACCGCAGUCUGAGCGGCGGACCAUCCCGAGGCAGGAAGCACACACGCACGGGGUCUGGGAACGCAGCGGCUUCUGCUGCGGCUCUUGCGGGAUCCACCGACCAACCAUGGCUGAUCACGGCGUUGACACGAGGCAGCACCGCCUUACGGCAGCGCUGAGAGUGUCGUUACUGGCCGGCGUCGUGAUGAGCCUGGUGCCAGCGGCGAGCGGCGAGGACGAGGGCAGCCUGCGGCUGGUCAUCGGCGCUCGCGUGACGACGCACGAGGGCCGCGGCAACGUCGAGAUCUUCCACGCCGAUCGGUGGGGCACCGUGUGCGACGACGAGUGGGACACCCGCGAGGCGCAGGUCGUCUGCCGCAUGUUGGGACACGAGAAUGCCUCGGCGCGCGUCACUGUCAACGCACACUUUGGAAAAGCGCUCAGACCUAUCCUGAUGGACAACAUAUACUGCACGGGUGAGGAGCGCCACAUUGAGGAGUGCCCCUUCGACGGGUGGGGUGUGCACGACUGCGGCCGGGACGAGGCAGCGGGAGUGGAGUGCCAGCUCCCGCCCCAGCCGACAACCCCUGGUCCGCCAUCGCCUGCAAUCUUCAAGAAGAAGAUAAGAAGCCGCAGCCGGGGCAGCGUGAAGUUGCGGCUAGUCGGCGGCAGGACCCGCAACGAGGGCCACGUCGAAGUGUACAUACCCAAGCGUGGAUGGGGCACCGUAUGCGGGGACGGCUGGGGCCUGCUCGAAGCGGCGACAGUCUGCCGACAGCUGGGACUCGGUUACGCCGACGCAGCCGUACAGGGAGACCCCUUUGGUGGCGGGAACCAGACCAUGAUGCUCAGCGGUGUGAUGUGCACGGGUUUGGAGAAGAACCUUGCCGACUGCCUACACGAUCAGCUGGGCGUAGGCGCCGUCACUUGUCCAGGAGUAGGGGACAAUGUCGCCGGCGUCGUCUGCGUGCGGGACCAAGCGGACCUGGUGAUUGAUGAACACGAGUUGGAGCGGUCGGCGUAUCUGGAGGACCGGCAGCUGCUGUACCUGCAGUGCGCCAUGGAGGAGCACUGCGUCUCCACUUCCGCCUAUGCGCUCAAGGCAGACCCCGGUUGGUUGUACGAGAGUCGGCGCCUGCUUCGCUUCACGGCACGCGUGGCAAACGUGGGCAACGCCGAGUUCAUGCCGUUCCUGCCGAAGCACGCCUGGGUCUGGCACUCCUGCCACAUGCAUUACCACUCAAUGGAAGUGUUCGCUCACUACGACGUGCUGGACGCGGCCGGACAGCGCGUGGCCGAGGGCCACAAGGCAAGCUUCUGCCUCGAGGACAACGUGUGCCAGCCCGGAGUGGACAAGCGCUACAACUGCGCAAACUACGGCGACCAGGGAAUCUCUGUCGGCUGCACCGACACCUACGCGCACAAUAUCGACUGCCAGUGGGUCGACAUGACCGACGUGCCACACGGACACUACACUCUCAGGGUGUCCAUCAACCCGGAAUACAAGCUGGCUGAAAUGAGCUACGAUAACAACGCUGCUGUAUGCGACCUCAUCUACACGCAGACCUAUGCUGCAGUCACGAACUGCACUCUGGGAAGGCCAUGAAAUCACAGCGACCACGAGAAGGAUCCUCGCCCCAAGGGGACGCGCAUCUCAAGGAGCAUCGAGAUAAACUGGAAACCCCAAUGUGCCUGUUCGGAUUCCGCCCACUUACCGCAUACGAUCUAUGCACCAGUCAUUGGUUGGUGCUGUACUCAAGGUCUAAGUCUCAGAAGCGGCGUUUGCGACAAUCAAGAAAUAAGGACAAGUCGCGCCUGUGUGAUUUUUUUUCUUUCGGUAAAAAAAAAAAAACAAAGUUGCGCCGGCAUCAGUCGCAGGUUCGACACGACAGCAUCCUUGUAACGAUGAAUGGGCUCGAGAGACCGUCUCACGUUCUGCUUGACUACCUUAGGGGACCCGAAAUCAAAGUGAGCUGCAAGCACGCUCAGAGAAAAGGGCUCGAAUGCUAUAGUAUACACGUAAGUGUUCUACGAUGUUGGGUGGCUCUCAUAGUUACGUUCCUAAGCCUGCAUGCAACUCACGCAACACUAGUGACCUGCAUGGUGACAUCGGGUGACGUGGUCAGAACCCCGUGAAUCGAAGUUCACAAAGACAUUUGCUGUUGUCAUGCCCAUUGCGUCGAUAUAAUCCCGACAGCCGCGAUGCGAUGCUGCCGACAAAUACUGAGUAAAAUAAAAUGAGCGUCACAAGGUGACCGAUAGUGCUUGGCUGAACCUUGGGUAUCGAAGGGGACCUGGACGUCUAAUAAACGCGGAAAGAUUAUGAGAUCGCUGUAGGCUUGCGGAGACGCCAUGAUAUUAGGAACAACCGCCUAGCCCCCCUGCAGGCCAACUUGAAAGCAAAAUAGGUUCAAUACUCAGUUUCGGCAGCAGCUCAUCACAACGCCCAAUACAUAUUAGCGCUCUCUGUGACAGCACCUCUGGUGGCGCCGGUGUGUCUUUAGCGGAAUAGUGUGGACAGCUUUUCAAGGAUCUAGGCUUUGCGAUUGCCCAAUCCACCCUCCCCCUGGUCUCUCGAGAUUCUCUGUGCUAAGUUAAAAUUGAAAUGACAUUUAAUUACGUGAACCCGUUUCAAGGGUCGCGUUCAAGUGCGGCUGGAAAUUGUCUGAGUGAGGUUAUUUAUAAUAAGUUUUGAUUCGCAUCUCUUUGACAAAAAUAAACAUCCACAUACGCCGCACCAGCAGUAGGCGAACAGAUGCCCGCCUUAGCAACACCGCCACCGAAGACGAGCAACUGGAAGCUGAUAUGCUGAGUGGACGCUGCAUGCCACCUGCUGGUGCAGUAUAUGCACUGCCAAAUGAACUUGAGUGCUUCCUAAUGUACGCUAACAGAAAUAAAUAAUAAAUGUA